AUGCCACCUAAAAAAGGUGACCCAAAAUCAGCUGCCAAGAAAGGCAAGUCAGAGGAGCCAAAGAAGGGAGGAAAGGAUGAUAAAAAGGGAGGUAAAGAUGACAGAAAAGAAGACAAGAAAGAUGACAAGAAAGGAGGGAAGAAAGCAGAGGAGCCACCAGCUAAGGGGAAAGGGAAGGAUGAUGGAAAGAAGGGAAAGGGGAAAAAACCUGUCAGCGAGUCAGAGGAGGAGUCAGAGGAAGAGUCAGAGGAGAUGUCUACUGAUGAAGAUGAGGAAGAUGACAGUGAAGAAGAGGUAGUUUCUAAAAAGCCAGCAAAGGUAGAUAAAGGGAAAGGAAAAACAGCUCUAAAAGGUGCAUCUAAGGCCAUGGCUGUAAAGGGGUUUAAGCCUCCUCCUAAACACUCACCUGUUGAUGAGGAGGAAGAGAAUGGGGGGGCCCAGACAAAGAAAGGGAUGGGUGCCAUAAACCUGAAAAAGAUGAGUGAUGUUAACAUCAAAGGAGCCUCCAAGGCCAUGAUAGGCUUUGCUGCAGAGGGACAGAAGAAGAACACAGGUGGAGCAAAAGCAGAAAAGGCAGAUCCUAGGUCUCACCUCAAAGGAGCCUCCAAAGCCCUCACAGGCCUCACAGGGAAGUCCUCUCCUUUUAGCUUUCCCUCUAAACAACAGCAGCCAGAGAAAGCAAAACCAAAGAGAAACCUUAAAAGCACCUCCCGUCUCUUCCUACGACUCUCCAAGAAAAACAAGCCCUCUGCUGGUGGUAAACCACUUCUGGGCGCCAGCAAGCUAUUUGCUGGGUUUGGGGCUAAAUCACCUUCCGCUGAUAAAAAGCCAGGUCUGUCUGGCUUCAGCUUGUUUAAUAAAAAAGAUGGCGCUACAAAAGAAACCCCACCACCUAAAAAGACUAUAAAUCUAUCCAGUUUAGGAGGCAAGGGGAAAAUGGCAACAGAGGCAAAGGGACUGGGAGGGAAAUUCAAAGGAAUGUUUGGAAAAAAGAAUGCAGGAUCAGGGUUUAAGGAUAAAAGCUGGAUGGUAGGAAGGAUAGCUGCAGCAACUAACUGGUUGACAGGGAGGUUCCUAACUGCUAAGGGCCAAGGUCGGCUGGGGGCACCAGCACGAGGACGGGAACGAAAGCACCUGUCAUUUGCUAACAGGAACACUAGAGGAAGACAGACACAUCAUUACGAUGAAGCCUAUGAGUAUGAUGAUGAUGAGUAUGGAUAUGAGGAAGAUUACCAUGACAGGUGGAGACCUAGAGGCUUCCUGAGACAACCCAUGACCUAUGACCCAUAUGACCCAUAUGGAGAAGAAAUGGAUUACUAUGAUGAUGAUGAGUGGGAAGAUGAAUAUGGUUACUAUGAUGAAGAGGACAACUUUUAUUAUGAUGAUGAGUUUUACUAUGAUGAUGACGUGGAUUACUACAGUUACCCAUAUGACUAUUAUGAUGAUGAGUAUGAAGAGUACUAUGGUGAUGAAGGGAUGGAGUAUUAUUAUGGUGAAGAUGGAAUGCUGUAUGCAAUGGAGCCAGAGCCAUACGGUUACUAUGAAAGUGCCAUGGAUGACCCCUAUGACCCUGAGCUGUAUGGAGAUUACUUUGACCACAAUAUGGGUAUCUAUGGGAUGUCAGACCCAUAUGGCAUGAUGGGUGGUGGUUAUGAUGUUGUGCCAGGCCUAUAUAAUGACCCAAUGCUGGGAUAUAUAGACCCUGCUGCUAUUUCUAACUCCUAUCAGCAACCUUUCUAUAUGGAUGCUGGGCUGCAUCCAGCUGAGACGGGACAGCUAUAUAGACAGGAGCAGCUGUCUUACCCUCUCGCUGAGCCAAUUUCAGCAGAGCAGUUCAGGGUCCCCAGGCCCCAGGUUAGGCUAUUUGGAAAAGACAGACUAGACGUGGAAACCCUACCACCUCCUCCUCAUUCUCAUGCCUCCUCUCCAAUGUUUCCCCCUCCCUCCCCAGGUCAUGCCCUCAACAAUCUGGCAAUUAUGUCAGAUAUGCAUUAUGAGCAGUCCCUCCCCACAUACCUUCCUGCACAGCCCUACUACCCCACUGUCAUGAACCAACAACAAACCCCCAUUCUUACUAGACAAACCCCUUCGCCAACACCUAAGAUCAUUCAACAGGAGCACUUCUCUCUGCCUCAGCCUACUCACCCUCCUUUCUCUGUUUUUCCAAGUCACUUGUCCCAAUCUCCCUUACCACCACAAUUGGCUCCACAAAUGCACCAACCCCAAGACCCACAAAUGUUCCAGAUGGGGCAAAUGUUACCAAUGGUCCCACGAAGACAGCCACAGAUGCCUCCACUGAUGCAUUCACCAAUGCAUUCACCAGUGGCCUCACCUAGGCCAGUGCGACGAAUGAGUCCCAUUCCAUCCCCUCAGCUGUCACUGAGGCCAGGAUCAGCUAGGGCAAUGGCACCUCCUUCUCCCCGCCUCUCACCACAUCACAUGGACUUCCAAACAGGCAUCCAGACAGACCCCCACCUCUCCCCUCGCUUCCAUCGGAGAGGGCUCACUAACCGGGCUUCAAUGGCAGGCCAAAGGCCAACUUCCGUACUUGACAGGCAGAGACCACCCAGCCCACCUGCUUCUCCACCACACCACAGGAGAGGGAUGUUAGCUAGAGCUCAGCCAUCCCUAACAAGAGGACGGGGGAGAAUUGGGCUGAGCAGGGCUCCAUCAACUAUCCGACCCCAGUCCCCACUUUCUAGCCCCCUAGCUUCACCCCAGGGAUCACUGAGGAAGAGAUCAAGCCCACCAACUUCCCCAAGACUCUCUUUCAGACAGAAACCCCCUCCGGAGGCAGUGCCUCUGCCAUCUACCAGACCGCAUUUGUUCAAAGCUAGAAAACAAACGUCCAAGAUGAGACGUUCUCCCUCUCCUCCCCUACCAUCCCCACAAAGACAGAGUCCCCCUCUACGUGAGAGAUCUCAGUCCCCUCCCCAAACCUUCCGCCCAACCUCCCCCCAUCGUCCUCCCUCUCCUUCCCCAUCAGGCAUCAGUAGUCGCCCCCUCCCCACCCGUUCAUCUACUCGCAGGCUGAGAGGUGGUGCUGGAGGUCGAAGUCACGUGCCCAUGGGGGCUGUGAAACCCUCCCCAGCUAACCCCUAUUUACAGAGACGCAGUAGACAUGGACCCCCUGUCACUCAGCACGUAGCCCCAUUCAGGUCCUCUGUACACAGUGGCCCAGCUCCUCCCUCAGGACAGAUGGGGGGUGUAGGUGGUUCAACUAUGUUAGCCAGGACAGGCUCCCGUCCUACAGGGUUAAGGGAGUCAACGCGACAUGGUACUCCUCAAGGAGGCUUCCACAGACCUGUCGGUAGAGGCCAGCCGCUAGUCCGAAUGUCCAGAAACCAGCCCUCUCUUCAAUCUAGGCAGUCAUUCAGAGCUCCUCCCCCAGUGCCUCCUGUCUCUCCACAGCCUUCUUUGAAACACAGUGGCCCUAUUUCCCCCCAGCCAUCAGUGCGUAGGCUGCAGAGUAGACCUCCUUCUCCACAACCACUGCACCGUCAAUCUCCCCUGCCUUCCCGUUCAGCCUCUCCCAUGCACCAUAUAUCUCACCCGCCGUCCCCCUUUCCACACAGGGCUAUGAGUCCCCAGAAUGCAGGGCCAACAUCUUUUCAACCUACAGGACCUCACCCCAGCCUUUCUCCUGGUACUCUCCCACCAUCUCACAGUAUCACCCAGUAUGACUACACAAUGAUGGAGCCAGGCCCAUCCCCAAUGCUUACAAAUGCUUUACCAAACCCCCAGUUUGUAGGUGCUCCCUUUCCUCCCUCUCCUAUCAAUUCCUUCAUCCCUCAUUCAACCACUGCUUACUCUUCUCCUUUGCAGAGAUCCUCUUCCCCCCAAACACAGUAUGAAGUCUACUCUCAAAACCUCCCUCAAACUGCACCCUUAUCACCUUAUCUGGGACACAGGCCCCAGAACCCUUAUCUGCAGAAUGCCAGCAUCACCACACCUUUACAAAGAAGCCCUUCCCCCAUACCCGGGGGUCAGGGCGAGAUAUCAGCUGAUGUACAGGUGAGCCAGGGGUUGAGCCCAUAUUCCACUAUUGGUCUAUCCAAUGCUUUGACACAGAACUCCCACCUGCGCAGCACCUCCUACUCAUCUCCUCUAUUACGCAAUGCCAACCUCUAUACAGCUGUCCUCUCUCCCCCACAGGUAGCAGCCCCUCCUGCCCCCUCUAUACCCUCCUCCCCACACUUGUCUUCUGCUAUGCUUACCUCUCAGCUGCGCAAUGCUUCCUUUACCUCACCCCUUCAGCGACACCUCUCUCCCACGUCUCUUGCCUCUCCUGUCCCUGCACCCACCACAUCUCAACAAGGUAUAAUCAGAGGUUCCUCCUCACUUUUCUCUGGUGGACUGAGGACCUCCCAAAUUCAGGGAUCCAUGUUCAGGCUUCCAAGUGGCACUUUGACAAUGUCUCAGGGACCUCUUGAGCUUCCAACUACCACUGAUGUUGGAGGUGGUGUCAGUGGUGGUGGGAGGGUGUCACCCUCUAUGCUCUCCAAUGCCCUGCAGAACUCAAGCCUACGUAAGACCACCUAUAGACUACCUGAUGGCUCAUUUGUCACCAGAACUGAACCUGUUGAACCUUCUUUAGGUCCAUCACCCCUCUCAUCCUCUAUGCUGUCCUCUGCCUUGCUCAAUCCAAGUUUGCGACAGGCCACAUAUCGAUUGCCUGAUGGCACUCUUGUCACCAGGACAGAGCCCACACCUGCACCCUCCCCUUCCUCAUCUAUGCUUUCUUCUGCACUUUUGAACCCCAAUUUACGUAAAGCCACAUACAGGCUGCCAGAUGGAACUUUGGUUACAAGAAACGAGCCAGCACCGGAACCUGUCACCCCUUCCUCCUCUAUGCUCUCCUCUGCUCUUCUCAAUCCUAAUGUUCGCAAGGCAUCUUAUAGAUUACCAGAUGGUUCCAUUCUAAAACGUCCAGAUGAGGAGACACAGAAUGCUGAGACUACAGUCUCAUCACCGGGGUUAUCAAGCGCCCUAAUGAAUGCUAACCUGCGUAAGGCAAAGUUUCAGCUCCCAGAUGGAUCAGCAUUGUUUUCACGAAACCAAACCCAAGCUCCCACCUCUGGCUCCUCUGGUCCUCUCCUUUCUGGUGCCAUGCUUAACACAAACCUCCGUGGUGCCUCCUACAGACUCCCAAGCACAUCACUAUUAAGGCAGCCUGGUUCUGUUGAUACCUCUGAGUCACGCUCCCUCGACCUUUCAAAGGCUCUCCGCAACCAGAACCUCCGAUCUGCCACCUACCGUUUGCCAGAUGGAACUCUGAUGACCCCCUCUCAACCAAGUACUGCACCCCGCACACUUGACUUGUCUAAUGCUUUGUCAAGGAACCCAAACCUUCGUGGGGCAAAGUACCGUCUCCCCGAUGGUAAUAUCAUGACACGGCUUGGUGCCCCUAGCACCCCAGAACCUCGCACACUUAACCUCUCUGGUGCCCUGCAGAACCCUCAUCUCAGGGGUGCCACUUUCCGCCUACCUUCCUCAUAUGCUGUAGUGUCACCCCAGGUCCAGGGAUCCAACCCUGAACAGCACUGGGCACAGGGCUCCGGGGUUGAAGGCUUGGGACUGCAGCAAGAAAUGGAUAUGUGGGGUGCAGAGAGGGUUCUACCUCACGGGACAGUGCAGAACCUCAAUAAGUGGUCCAUGUAUAGAGACGGGGAGCUCCUUGAUCCCUACAGCCUGAUGGGCCAAGGACAUGUGGGGCAUGAACCAGGGGAGUGGAAUCUCAGCAGGGAGGGGGAACCACAGGGGCACUGGUUUGACAAGAUGUACUCAAUCAGAAGCCUGCCCACCAUGACUCACCGGGAGCAACGUGAGGAAGAUGGAGUGGAAGAUAUGACACAGCUAGAGGAGAUGCAUGAAGGGGCUGUUCUGCUUAACCUGAGGAAAAGAUUUGAGAGGGAGCUUAUUUAUACGUACAUAGGUAGUAUCCUGGUGUCUGUGAACCCCUAUAAGAUGUACAACAUCUAUGGGACGGACAUGGUACUGCUGUACAAGGGUCAUGCUCUUGGAGAGAACCCUCCGCAUUUGUUUGCCAUAGCAAACUCUGCUUAUUCCAAAAUGAUGGAUGCCAAACACAACCAGGUCAUAAUAAUCAGUGGAGAGAGCGGAUCUGGGAAAACAGAGGCGACCAAACUAGUCCUCCGCUACCUAACAGCAAUACACCACAAAAGCAAUCUUGCACAACAGAUUGAGAUACUUGAGGCAGCUCCUCUGCUGGAAUCAUUUGGAAAUGCCAAAACUGUACGGAACGAUAAUUCCAGUCGCUUUGGGAAAUACAUAGAGGUCUUUCUGGAGGAGUGAGUAUGAAAUAAAUACACAACAGUUCCAUUCUCAAAAAAGCUUUCUCAUUUUCCCCUUCAGGCCAAAGAUGAGAGGAACUAUCACAUCUUCUACGAGAUGCUGGCAGGUCUCCCCUCGCAGCAGAAGCAGGCUUUCUAUCUUCAAGAGGCUGAGACCUACUAUUAUCUCAACCAGGGAGGAAAUUAUCAGAUAAAAGGAAAGAAUGAUGCAGAGGACUUCCUGCGUCUGCUUGCUUCCAUGGAGAUCCUUCACUUCACCCCUGAAGACCAGUCGGCCAUCUUUCGAGUUCUUUCUUCCAUACUGCACCUGGGCAACAUCUACUUUCAGAGAUAUGAGGCUGAUGGCCAGGAGGUGGCGUCAGUAGUGAGUGCUCAGGAGAUCAGAGUGGUGGCAGAGUUGCUGCAGAUCUCUCCAGAGGGACUACAGAAAGCCAUCACCUACAAAGUCACAGAGACAAUGAGGGACAAGAUUCACACCCCACUGACUGUGGAAAGUGCUGUCGAUGCCAGAGAUGCUGUUGCCAAGAUCCUGUACUUGCUGCUCUUCCGUUGGUUAACAGAGAGGAUCAACGCUCAGGUGUAUCCCCACCAACACACCCUCUCCAUCUCUAUCCUGGACAUUUACGGAUUUGAGGAUCUAGCCUUCAACAGCUUUGAGCAGCUUUGCAUUAAUUAUGCAAAUGAGUACCUGCAGUUCUUCUUCAACAGAAUCAUAUUCAGGGAAGAACAGGAGGAAUACAGCCGGGAACAGAUCCCAUGGCAGGACAUCCCAUUCAGUGACAACCAGCCUUGCAUUGACCUCAUUGCCGCUAAGCCUCAUGGGAUACUGAGAAUUCUGGAUGACCAGAGCUGUUUCCCACAGGCAACAGACCACACUUUCCUCCAAAAGUGUCACUAUCACCAUGGCAACAGCCCACUGUAUCUGAAGCCAAAGAUGCCCCACCCAGAGUUCACCAUCAAGCACUUUGCUGGCCGGGUCACCUACCAGGUUUACAAGUUCCUCGAUAAGAACUACGAUCAGGUCCGUCAGGAUGUCCUGGACCUGUUCAUUCAGAGCAAGAACAAGAUGGUGUCAAACCUCUUCCUGGUUCACGCAGAGGUCACGGGUCGGCAGAGAGGAGGUCACAUGAGGAAGAGCAGCACAGUCACCAGAAAAUACCAAGCCCCCACCGUCAGCAGCAAGUUCCAGCAGUCCCUGCUGGAGCUAGUGGAGAAGAUGGAGAGGUGCAACCCUUUUUUUGUUCGCUGCAUUAAGCCAAAUAAUAUGAAGCUACCAGGUGUGUUCGAGGACGACCUGGUCAGCAGCCAGCUGAGACACUCGGGUGUCCUAGAGACCAUUAGGAUCCGUAGAGAGGGGUAUCCUGUCAGAAUGCCAUUCUACGUCUUUCUGUUCAGGUAUAAGUCCCUGGUGGGGAUGCCAGAGCCUCCAGCAGCAAAUGGAGAGAACUGUGUGAUAAUGCUCAGUAAGCUGUGUCCUCUCAGACAGGGAGCCUACCACGUUGGAGUCACAAAGCUGUUUCUCAAGGAAGACAUCUACCAGUUAUUGGAAUGUAAACGGGAGCGCACCCGUCAUCUUGCUGCUCUCACCCUGCAGCGCUACACCCGCAUGUUCUUUGUCAGAAAACGCUUUGUGGCCUUUCGCAAAAAGAUCAUUGGGCUUCAGGCGCAGUGCCGAGGCUUCCUCACUAGAAAGCGCUAUGUGAAAAUGAGGGAGAGUCUUGUUCGGUUCCGCUCUCUUGUACACAUGUACGUCAACCACAAGCGAUACAUCAAGAUGAAGUUUGAAUCCCAAAGGAAAGCUGAAGAGGAGAGAAGGAGGAGAGAGAUGGAGCUGACCAAGAGGGAGGUGGUGAACGUCACACACUUGGUGAUCCCUGCAGAGCUGGGGGCGUUACUGCAGACGGCAGGAGUCAGGAGGGAGUUGCACUCAGACUGUUUGGCUCUGCUUCAAGCUCCUCAUAUCCAGGAAGAGGCUCAGCUCACUCUGCCUCUGGACAUCAACAACUACCCGUUCUACCGCUAUGUACAGAUCUACUUCAGGGAACCAAAGUUUGGGAUGUUGAUGGCACCCCUGGAGUCACCUCUUACCCGCCUAGAGGAGGACCUGAGAGGAGAAGCUCUGGAGCUCUUCAUCAUGGUAUUACGAUUCAUGGGGGACCCUCACCUGAACGGGGCACAGGAGAACAUGUUUGGGAAUUACAUAAUCCAAAGGGGCCUGUCAUCGCCAUCUCCGGGGUUACGGGAUGAGAUCCUGGCUCAGGUUGUCAACCAGGUGUGGAGGAAUGUGAACUCUGACAACGCUGAGAGAGGCUGGCUGCUGCUGCUGGCGUGUGUCUGCAGCUUCGCCCCGUCGACCAAGAUGGACAAAUAUCUACUAAAGUUUGUAUCUGACCACGCCCCUGCUGGUUGCCAGGCAUUACUGCAACACAGGCUCAUCCAAGCCAAUCAGAAGACACAGCUAGGCUCAGGCUCCGCCCCCGAGGCUGCUCGGACCUAUCCACUGUCGCUGCUGGAGUGGACAGCCAAUAGGAAGAAGGCCAACAUGGUGUUGCACAUGCACUGUCUUGAUGGAGAAUCAUUCCUGUGUCCGGUCCAUUCCUGGACCAGUGGAGAGGAUUUAGCAGGGGACAUACUGCGCCACAGGGGAGUGUCCGACUGGUGGAGGGGGAGUUCAGUUCUGAUGAAGGAGCGCGGCCAGUGGGUAGAGUUGGCGGGUCACGACUAUGUGAUGGACCUGAUUGCAGACCUGGAGCUUCCGCCUGACUUCCCAAAGCAGAAGAGCUAUUUCGUCAUCAGCACUGACGACCCUGCUAGAGUCAGAGCUAAUGCCAGUCUAGCUUUGUUUGGUGCUGGCUUUGACUCAGAUGAGGAGCUUCCUCCUGCCUUUCCUCUCAGCAGCAGCAGCAGACCAGCCUACAGUCUGCCGGACUCUGACGGUUACUACAGCCAUGUAGAGUCGGAUGCGUUCAGUGACGGUCAGACUCAGAGAGGAAUGGACCGUUACCUGGACAGUCUGUUUGACCCUGUGCUGUCAGACAGCAGCAUAGACAUGAAAAAGACUGGAAGUUUGUCAGCAAGGAUGAAGGGAGGAGGAGGCGUAGGCAUCCCAGGAGGAGGAAGAGGAGAGGGGGAGAGUCAUGCGACUCCCAGCCGGCCUUAUCCACCAGGAAUACAUCCCGGAGCUGUGCCAGUGCUUCCUGUAGCAGGAGGAAUGAUGCCACCCAUCCCUGCCAUGCCAAUCCCUUCCCACCACCAUCACCAUGAACAACACCAGCAGCAGCAGCAGCAGCAGCAGCAGCAGCUUCACCAAUACAACAGUCUCCCACAAACCUACCACCAGCAGACUUCUACGACCACUCCUGCUACACGUGUAACACCCACUCCGUCACCCUCUCUUGCACCCGCAGCUGCCCCUGCUGCUGAUAUAGAAACUGGUGUAGAAUCCCAUGUCACUGGUGUCCCCGGUCUGCCAGGGGUGCCCUUGCUCCCUGCCACGUCUGUGGUUCCAGGCUUGCCUAUGAUGACAGGUGUGCCAGGAUCAGAGCAGGCAGUACUGACUCAACAGCAACAGGCCAUAAUCAACCAGCAAGCUAUGAUUCUGGCCCAGCAGAUGACAAUGCAGGCCAUUGCGAUCCAGCAGCAGAUGUUGUCUUCCUUCCCCCCCGUUGCCCCGGCCCCCCAGUCACCACCCUCCCAGCAUCAUCACGCACACUUGCCACACGGCUCUGACACAGCCAGUCCUAACAAAGAGAGUGAAGAGUCGCCGUACAAGCCUGCUGCUGUUCAGCGAAAAACUAGUCCAACACGUGGCCCCCCUCCUGAGGACGUGGUCCGAUCCAGCGCGAGUAACACAGAACGUGUAGAUCCCAGCCACGACAUCAAAGACAUCAUCAGACAUCACCAGCCUGCCAGCACAACAACUUCUACUGGACCUGCUACACAAAGGAAAGGUGAUGGAAAGAUGUUUGCAAAGAAGCCAGACCCACAUGAUGAAGCGAUGGAGAUCCUUAAAGAUCAGAUGGCAAAUCCACCACAACCGACUCAAAGGAAGCCUCAGUCCUCUCAACAUAAACAAGAGGGAGGACUGAAGGUUUCCAAGAUGACCAAGUCUCGCCAUGAGGGUCUUGCGAGCUCCAACAUAAGCCCCGCCCCUCCUCCAGUCUCUAGAGAGUUGCCAAUAGAGGAGGAGAUUGUUCAGACUCAACUCCACAGCAGGACCAGUGAUGAAUAUUACACUUACUCCAACGUCCCCUGGAAGCUCUACAUGAGGAAAGAGGUUUUCUAUCCUAAAGAGACUUUCAACAAUCCACUGAUUCUGGACCUGAUCUUCAGACAGGUUGUACAUGAUACCUUCUCCGAGGCCUGUAUCCGCAUCACCCAGGAGGAAAGACUGAAGAUGAACGCUUUGUUUGCUGAAAACAAAGUGGAUCAGGUUUCAGGAACGCAUGAUGAGAACGUGAAGAAGAAAGUAGCCGCCAUGGCCAGAGACUCAUGGGACAUUUAUUUCUCCCGCCUCUUCCCAGCUUCUGGCAGUGUGGGAACAGGAGUGCAGGUGCUGUCUGUGUCUCAUAAAGGCAUCAAGCUGCUUAAGAUGGUGAAGAGCAGCUCUACUGCUCCAGACUACUUCAGAGUGCUGAGGCCUUACAGCUAUUCGGACAUCCUGUUCGUGUCGAUUCCGUCAAAGAACAUGCUGGAGUUCAACCUGACCAACGAGAAGCUGAUCCUGUUCUCGGCCAAGGCGCCACAGGUCAAACACAUGAUCGACCACUUCCUCACAGAGCUUAAGAAGGACUCAGAGUAUGUGGUGGCGGUGAGGAACUAUGUUACAGAGGACAGGACUCUGCUCAGCUUCCACAAAGGAGACAUCAUCAGACUACAGCACAUGGACGGGCUGGAGGCCGGAAAACAUUACGGCUGCAUAGUGAGGAAGAAGGUCAUGCUUCUGGAGGAGCUGAAGAGAGACACUUCUGAGUUUGGCUGGCGGUUUGGGGCUGUGUACGGAAAAUCAGGACUGUUUCCCACUGAGUAUGUCCGUCCUGUGGCUGCUCCGGACUUCCUGGUUCUCCCUGCUGAGCGCGUGGAGCCUCGAGACAGACAGGGACGAGUGGCUGCAUCCGCUGCUAUCGCCGUGGCAAUGGGCUCAGCUGUAGCUGCCCAUGAGCUUGACCUCUCCACAGAGGCAGUAAAUGAGAUGUAUGGGGAGAGUCUGAGCGCCGAACUGGACGAUCUGCCUCUGCACAGCGGCCAGUACCAUAUGACUGAGUUUGCCAAGAAAUACUUUAGAGAGGCACAGAGAAACAGAAGUGAUCAAAAAGCCAAAAAGGGGAAGGACGGAAGAGACCCUGCUGACAUGGUCAAAUUCUCCAAGUCUCCGAUCCAGGAGUCUCUGAUCGACUUCUCCGACAGUGGGAUGAACAGAGUGGCAGCUGACAUCUUCUUAGCCAUAAUGAAGUUCAUGGGAGAUUUCCCACUGAAAGGUCAGACUGAACAGGACCUGGUCACCACUAUACUGAAGUUAAGUGGCGACCAUGGCCUGAUAAAGGAUGAGGCCUACUGCCAGGUGAUGAAACAAGUUACGGUCAACACCAGCUCCAAACCGGACAGUUGCCAUAGAGGAUGGAGGCUGUUGUACAUCCUGACAGCUUUCCAUCGCUGCUCUGAUGUUAUGAAGCCAUUUCUGCUGAAGUUUCUGCAGGACGCCUGUGAUAACCCUGGGAUGCAGUACCAAGGUAUUGCCAAGGCAUGUGAGCAGAAUCUGAGGAGGACUUUUCAAUAUGGUGGACGUGCACAGUAUCCUAACAGCAUGGAACUCAAGGCUAUGCUGGCUGGGCGGAGCUCCAAGAGACAGCUGUUCCUGCUACCAGGUGGGAUCGAAAGGCACUUGAAAAUCAAGACAUGCUCUGUUGCUUUGGAUGCCAUCGAGGAGCUUUGCUACGAGAUGGGGCUACAGAGGGUCGAGGCUUUGGAUGAAUAUGCCAUCUUUCUGGUCACACACAGAGGUCAGAAUGUGCGUCCCCUGAACAAGCGCGAGUACAUCCUGGACAUCGCAACAGAGGCAGAACCAGUGGAUGCCAACUACAGUCUGUGGUUCAGGAGAGUCAUAUGGAGUCUGGCUCUCAAACUCGACAAUGAACUCUAUGUCACCAUGCACUACAAUCAGGUGUUGCCCGACUACUUGAAGGCCUUGCUGAGUGUGGUUCCUCAGGGAAAGGCCAGUGAACAGCACCUGCAGCAGAUCGCCAGACUGGCUGCCCUACAGCACCGUGCCAAGGACACCGUCUACCUGCCCACCCUCCGUGAGGUGCAGGAGUGUGUCCCCCCACUGUUAUACAGCAAACAGGGUUCACAGCAUUGGCUGAAUAUGACAACUCAACACAUGCAGCAGGUCCAGCCUUUAAAUCCACACCAGGCCUGUGCACAGUUCCUUGGUCUGGUCAGUGCCUUCCCCAUGUUCGGCUCCUCCUUCUUCUACAUCCAGAGCUGUAGCUCCGCUUCCAUCCACGCCCCGUGCAUCCUGGCAGUAAAUCUGAAUGGACUGCACUUUCUUAACAAGGAUACCCACGAGGCCAUGGUGCGUUUCCCUCUGAAGGAGGUCCAAUCAACUCGCACCCAGAGACCAACAUCAGGCUCCAGUUAUCCAUAUGUGGAGAUCAUGAUAGGAGACCUGCUCAAUCAGCGCAUCACACAGCUACAGCUGGAGCAGGGCCUGGAGCUGUGCCGAGUCGUUGCCAUGCACAUGGAGAACAUGUUGUCAGUCAGGGAAAAGAGACUGACUUUGCCACCAAGCGAAAUCACCCUGCUAUAGCACAAACAUGCACACACAGAGAAGUCAUACUUUAUGCCUACUAAAUGUACUGUAUCUACCUCUAUUUUAAAAAUAGGAUAUUUUCAUAUGUAAUGGUAAUGUUUCUGUAAUGCGAUGAAUGUAUGGUGAUGAUGUUGAUAAUGAUCUUGCACUGAACAAGGGUAUAGGAACCUUUGCUGUCGUUGGCUCUGUACAAAGAAACUACAGUGUGUGAAAGAUAAAUGAAUAACUGGCAAACUUGA